AUGAAAGCCAUCAUUCUCGUCGGAGGGUUUGGAACUCGUCUGAGGCCUCUUACCCUCACACUCCCAAAGCCGCUCGUUGAGUUCGCGAACAAGCCCAUGAUCCAGCACCAGAUCGAGGCUCUCGCUGCUGCCGGUGUCACAGAUGUUGUCCUUGCUGUCAACUACCGCCCAGAGAUCAUGGCCGAGGCGCUCAAGGCCAACGUUCUGGGCAAGGACGACUCACCCUUCUUUGUCCUCAACGCCGACGUCACCUGCGACUACCCGUUCAAGCAACUCGCCGAGUUCCACAAGUCACAUGGUGAUGAGGGCACAAUUGUCGUCACCAAGGUCGAGGAGCCGUCCAAGUACGGUGUUGUUGUACACAAGCCUGGCCAUGCCUCCAAGAUCGACCGUUUCGUGGAGAAGCCCGUCGAGUUUGUUGGUAACCGCAUCAACGCCGGUAUCUACAUCAUGAACACAAGCGUUCUCAAGCGCAUUGAGCUCCGCCCGACUUCGAUUGAGCAGGAAACUUUCCCUGCCAUUGUCAAGGACGGUCUGCUACACUCAUUCGACCUCGAGGGUUUUUGGAUGGACGUUGGACAGCCCAAGGACUUCUUGACCGGUACCUGCCUGUACCUCUCAUCAUUGGCACGCAAGAACUCCAAGCUUCUGACAUCACCAUCUGAGCCCUACGUCUACGGUGGAAACGUCUUGAUCGACCCCUCAGCCAAGAUCGGCAAGAACUGCCGCAUUGGCCCCAACGUCACUAUUGGACCUGACGUUGUUAUCGGCGAUGGUGUCCGCCUGCAGCGAUGCGUGCUCCUCAAGAACAGCCGUGUCAAGGACCACGCCUGGAUUAAGUCGACUAUUGUUGGCUGGAACAGCACCGUUGGCAAGUGGGCCCGUCUCGAGAAUGUCACUGUUCUUGGUGACGAUGUCUCUAUCGGUGAUGAAGUCUACGUCAACGGUGGCUCCGUUCUGCCUCACAAGUCCAUCAAACAGAACGUCGACACUCCUUCAAUCAUCAUGUAAACUCCAAGAUACCCGAUCGGACGAUGCCGACCUCUACACUUUUUAAUCAACGUGUAUCUUCUUGUAUAUUCUGCAUACCAUCCGCACAUUGGGUGUUGGUGUUUUCAUGGGCGUCUUCGUUUGCGCAUGGGGUCAGGAAAAGCGACUGGGCAUGGUUGGGAUGCUUUGGUCUUUGGUUCAGCGGAUUGCAUUCACACAUGUCUAGAGACGGCAGUGAUGAAGUGAAAAUGCAUAUACUAUGGUCAUGUACGAAAGCCCCUUUGGAAAUCUACAUUCAACUC